AUGCUCCUCAACCGAGACUCAACCACUGCUGACAACUGCCGACAACUGCCGCUCACGCAAAGGAAGGUAACAGCCUCCUGGACCCCUCUCCAGACAGCAAUUGCUAACAGUCUCCAAGUUGCAAAGCACAACACCUCCUCAAGUUGCUGGGUAAUAAUUCACAACACAGUUUAUGACGUAACCGACUUCCUCUCCGCUCACCCGGGCGGUGCGAAGGCCAUCCUAUCCCUCGCCGGACAAGACGCAACGGAAGAAUACGACCCCAUACACCCCCCCGGCACUCUCGAGGAGUCCUUGGAGAAGUCUCAAAUCCUUGGACCCGUCGACCCGUCCACCAUCAUAACCAUCACACCCACGCCAUCGCUAAGCUCCUCACCUUCUGAGAAAGACAAGGCCAGGGAUGGCAUCCCACCCUUAGCAGAGCAAUUAAAUCUCGAUGACUUCGCCAUCACAGCUGAGAAGGUGCUCUCGCCGAAAGCGUGGGCGUACUACUUUUCCGCUAGCGACGACCAGUUGACGAAGAGGCACAACAACACAGCAUACCAGCAGAUCCUCCUCCGCCCGCGAAUAUUCAAGGACGUCCGCAAUGUGGAUACCCGAACAACGAUGUGCUCCUCCUCGGUCGCCUUUCCGGUUUUCGUUGCGCCCGCGGCAAUGGCGAGACUAGCGCACCCGUCCGGCGAAGCCGGCAUCGCGGAAGCGUGCGGUAGAGAGGGAGUGCUGCAGUGCGUUAGUACUAACGCAAGUUUGAAGCCCGAACAAGUCAUGGCUGGUCGAGUGAGCGACAAGCAACCUUCUUGGUUCCAAUUGUACGUUCAAGAAGACCGAAGGAAGAGCGAGGCAUUGCUGAAGAGGGUGGGUACGUUGGGCUUCACGGCUGUGGUGUUAACGCUUGACGCGCCCACCCCAGGAAAGAGGGAGGCAGACGAAAGGGCCAAGAACGCUGGGAACAUAACAAGCGCUACGUUCGGCGAGAGCAUGCAGGGGAAAAGCGAAAGUGGAGGACUCGGAAAGGCACUCUUCGCGGGUACUACGCCGUCGUUGACAUGGGAAGAUCUAGAGUGGCUAAGGAAACAUACUAGAUUGCCGAUAAUCCUGAAGGGUUUGCAGACGCAUGAGGAUGCUGCUAUGGCUGCGAGGAAGGAGGUUCUCGAGCUUGGUGUUACUGGGAUAAUAUUAUCUAAUCAUGGUGGACGGGCGGCAGACACUGCUCCUCCCCCCGUGUAUGUGCUCAUGGAGAUUCGGAAGUAUGCUCCCGAAGUAUUCGAUAAGCUUGAGGUGUAUGUUGACGGUGGGAUUCGCCGUGGGACGGAUGUUGUCAAGGCACUCUGUUUGGGUGCUAAGGCCGUUGGGAUUGGCCGGCCAGCGUUGUUUGGGUUGAGUGGCUACGGUGUUGAUGGGGUUCGCCGGGUAUUGGCUAUACUCCGAGAGGAGAUUGAGACCACUAUGAGGCUACUUGGGGUCUACUCUGUGGGGGAGUUGGGAUCGAGACACAUCAAUACUCGAGCAUUGGACGGGCUGAUUUACCAGGAGCCGCAAGAGCUAUCGGGCGGAGUAAUCAAGGCGAAGUUAUAGCCUGUAGACUCUUUUCUUGGCCGAGCUCUGGGGGGGGGGAUAGGUGGAGUCAGUCUCAUAGCAUUAAAUUACUGCAUGUAGAAUAGACAUCCGAGCAGAAAUUUCGAGAACACUAUAUUUAUAGAUGCUUU